UUUUUUGUCUGCCCCCUCCCAUAAUCAGAGGAAUCGUGAUCAGGUAGAGGCUCCUCUCCCACCACCACUGCAGCUUCCCUGGGAAUGGCUGCACGGUGCUCCGGGAAGGAGAGGCACAGCUGACAGCUCCCCGAGCCCCCACGUCUCCGGCGCCUCAGCCUGGAUCUUGUAGCCCGCCAGAUCUCAGUCACAGCCAUGCUCCCCCGUCUCCCCCAGCCCCGGAGCUGAGCCUGCACCCACACGCCGCCGCCUCCACCCUCUCACCCUCCUCACCUGUGGACUAAGAGCAACAUACAACUUUUAACCCUUUGGAGACUUGGACCUUAUUCCCCAUCCCAUUUUUUUUUCUCAGUCUUUUAUUUAUUUAUUUAUUUAUUUUUUUCCCCUCAGCAAACCAGUCCGUGUGGAUGCUGCCUUCACUGCGCAUGCACCGCCCUAUUAGGAAUUAUCGCCUGGCUUCAGACUUUAGUUGCAUUCGUUGAAUCUUUUCUCAUUAAACCAACGUUUUAUUUUUUUUUAUUUUUUAUUUUUUUUAUUUUUUAAUCAACCCAGUAAUGUGGACGCUGGAGAAGAGAGGAGGAUAUUUCAGGAUUGUAUCGUUCCCUGUUCUUAUAGCCAUGGUGUGCUGUGCUCAGAGUGUAAAUGAGCCCAGCAACAUGUCAUAUGUGAAAGAGACUGUGGAUAGAUUGCUCAAAGGAUAUGACAUCCGACUAAGGCCAGACUUUGGAGGCCCUCCUGUUGAUGUGGGGAUGAGGAUAGCUGUAGCCAGCAUAGAUAUGGUCUCUGAAGUCAACAUGGACUAUACACUCACAAUGUAUUUUCAGCAGUCAUGGAGAGACAAAAGACUUUCGUAUUCGGGAAUUCCUCUUAACCUUACACUGGAUAACAGGGUUGCUGAUCAGCUCUGGGUACCUGAUACAUACUUUCUCAAUGACAAAAGAUCAUUUGUCCAUGGAGUUACUGUGAAGAAUAGAAUGAUACGGCUUCAUCCAGAUGGAACUGUUCUUUACGGACUAAGGAUUACUACAACGGCUGCUUGCAUGAUGGAUCUACGCCGAUACCCUCUAGAUGAACAGAAUUGUACACUUGAGAUUGAAAGUUAUGGCUAUACCACAGAUGACAUAGAGUUCUAUUGGAAUGGAGGUGAUAAAGCAAUCACGGGGGUCGAAAAGAUUGAGCUGCCUCAGUUUUCAAUUGUGGAGUACAAAAUGGUUUCAAAGAAAGUUGUCUUCUCUACUGGUUCUUAUCCUAGAUUGUCGCUGAGUUUUCGUCUCAAAAGAAACAUUGGCUACUUCAUUCUGCAGACAUACAUGCCCUCUACACUGAUUACUAUUCUCUCCUGGGUAUCUUUCUGGAUUAACUAUGAUGCGUCUGCUGCAAGAGUUGCUUUAGGAAUAACCACGGUGCUGACAAUGACCACUAUCAGUACACAUCUCCGAGAGACCCUACCAAAAAUCCCUUAUGUCAAAGCUAUAGACAUCUAUUUGAUGGGAUGUUUUGUAUUUGUAUUCUUGGCCUUGCUGGAAUAUGCGUUUGUGAACUACAUCUUCUUCGGAAAAGGUCCUCAACUCCAGAAGAAAGCAGCAGAGAAAGCAGAGAAAGCGAGUAAUGAGAAAAAUAAACUGGAAAUGAACAAAGUUCAGGUUGAUUCACAUGGAAACAUUCUGCUCACGACUCUUGAGAUCCGAAAUGAAGUCAGCGGAACAGAAGUCUUAACUAGUACCAUCGAUCCGCGAGCCACCAUGUUCUCCUAUGACAGUGCAAGCAUCCAGUAUCGAAAGCCAAUGGCUAAUAGAGAUAUGUACAGCAGAAGCACUCUGGAUAGGCACAUAGUUCACAAAAAAGGGCACCUAAGGAGAAGCGCCUCCCAAAUUAGAAUUAAAAUUCCUGAUUUGACUGAUGUCAAUGGUAUAGACAGAUGGUCAAGAAUGAUAUUCCCUGUUGCAUUUACUUUCUUUAAUGUUGUGUAUUGGCUUUAUUAUGUACACUAAC